GCUGGACUUUGCGGGAUGUUUGAGCGUCAUUUCUCACCCCUAAAGGUGCUCCCGUGUGCCAGGCCCAGCACAGCCCCGCCAGGGAACUGCGUGGCACCUGCUCCAACCUCAGGUGUGCCCGAGGUGCCAGAGCAGCCCCAGCCCAGUGUUGGCCCAGCCCCUGCUCCCACCCUGCCGCCAGCAAAGCCCCUCGGCUGCCGGGUCCCGUCGGCCUCCUUGUGGGAAAGAAGGGAGGAGAAGGACAGAGACAGAGCUCAGCCAGAGCUUGGGGAGCUCCAGAAGAGUCUGGUGCACCCUCCCUUCAGUGGUGCCUCAGCUGAGGAACGGGCACAUCCCGACUCAGCUCUGCAACAAAGGCACCCCAAGAGAUCCACUGGAUUGACUCCUGCUGUGGAUGUGAGGGAAGCCUCCAGAGGUGGAAAUUCCUCCUUUGCCUCUGGAAAUGCUUCCCAGGCCACCCCGAACACCUCUCUGGCAGGAGGGAAGCAGGCAACGCCCUUCAAAGUGCAGCCGUCGCCCACGGUGCACACGAAGGAAGCCUUGGGCUUUCUCAUGGAUGUGUUUCAAACACCCAUCUUACCUGAACCAUCACCCCUGGAAAACAGCAACGAAGAACUGGAAGCUUUUUUCAGGAAAAAUGAGCCUGAUGGGUGUUUGAAAACUAAUGUUGCUGUCCCUGCCACUCCUGCGUUUUCCAUCUUUCAGGAUGAGAAUGAGAAGGAGAACAGCAGCAUCCCACAGCACAAGAACAAGCCAGAGGAGCCCAGAAGUCUUGGACAACAACACUUGACUGACUGUGCAGCAGAAGAAGAGACGGGGACCACGGAAUUCCUGAGGGAUGAUUACACGGUGUGGAACAUCCAGUGCAGCAACAAAACCUUGGCUGCCAGUCCAAACAACACCAGAGACUUUGCACGAGCUGCCCAGCUCGUCUCGACGCCCUUCAGCUACCUGGCAGCUCAUUCCCUACAACCUUUGGGGGACAGAGCCUGUGGGGAUGACCUGCCACAGAUGGAUUUGGAGUUCUCUGGAGAAGUGCACAAACAGACAAAAAACAAGAAAUUAAGCCUCGCUCUGGAACACGUCACAGAGCCAAGGGAGCUCCAGGAAAACAUCCUGAAACGUGGGAAUGGCAUUCAGGGAGUUGUUGGAGCUGCUUCUCAACAACAACAUGAGCAAAGAACCACGAGCAGAGCUGAAUCUUCCUGUGCAGGGCUGGAGAGAACUUCCCAGGAGAAGUUGUGUGGAGGUGUCACAGCCCAGAGAGUGGGAGCUGCAGUCCUUGUGGAGAACCCUUGGGAUAAGGCAUUGAUUGCCAAGUUCUUGUCGGAGCUUCCCAAACCUCUCCACACCUACACCAACUACUUCGAGUGGAAAUCUCUCCUUCCAUUGAUCACAGUGAAGGCUGAGCUCCCACUGGGUUCCAACUCAUUCCAUGUGGAUUGCUUGGUUGGAGAGGGAGCUUUUGCCCAAGUCUAUCAGGCUUCCCUCCUGGAUGCCAAUAACCCUCGGAACAACCAGAAAGUCGUGUUCAAGGUCCAGAAACCUGCCAACCCUUGGGAGUUCUACGUUGCAACCCAGCUGGUGGAAAGGGUGGACCCCAGCCUGCACCACCUCUACGCUCACUUUUAUUCUGCUCAUUUCUUCCGAAACGGGAGCAUUUUGGUGGGUGAACUCCACAGCUACGGAACGUUGCUGAACGCCAUCAACCUUUACAAGAGGAUUCCCGAGAAGGUGAUGCCCCAAGCCCUGGUGAUCUACUUCGCCGUGAAAAUCCUCCACAUGGUGGAGGAGCUCCACAGCUGCCGGAUCAUCCACGGGGACAUCAAACCCGACAACUUCAUCCUCGGGGAAAGGUUUCUGGACAAUGACACCUGCGACAUAGAUGGGCUCUCCCAUGGCUUGACCCUCAUUGACUUUGGCCAGAGCGUUGACAUGAAGCUCUUCCCCGAGGGGACGGCGUUCACCGCCCGCUGCGAGACGUCUGGGUUCCAGUGCGUGGAAAUGCUGACGCGGAAACCCUGGAACUACCAGACAGACUACUUUGGCAUCGCAGCCACAAUUUAUUGCAUGAUCUUCGGCACCUACAUGCAAAUAAAGAAUGAAAACGGAGUCUGGAAGCCUGAGGGAACCUUCAGGAGGCUUGCCAACGCUGAGCUGUGGAAGGAGUUCUUUGAGACCUUGCUGAACAUCCCCAGCUGCCACAGCCUGCCCUCGCUCGGAGCCCUGCGCCAGAAGCUGAGGGACUUAUUCUGCUCGUCCUACAAAAAGGAAAUAAGGUUCCUUCGGAAUAGACUCGUCGUGCUGCUCAUCGAAAACAAACGCUCCCGAAAAUGAGGGUCUAUUUUUGUUUUGCACAGUUACCGAGGGCUUGGUGUUUUAUGGCUGCAAGUUGUUUUUAUGAUAACUUGAUUUCAAAUAAAUGGUUUUGGCGUUGACU